AUGCCUGGUGCUCCCAAGAAGGACGGUCUUGCCAACUACAACCUCACCCCUCGUGAGGUCGAGUUUACCGUCAAGGCUAUGAUCACCCUUGUCGAGAACAAAGUCAAGCCGGACUUCGAGAAGCUUGCCAAGAUGUCCAACUACCCGACCGCUCAGGUUGCCGCUAGAAACUGGUGGCAUACCGCUGCCAAGCUCAAGGCCGCUGGCAACAUUGCCGGUGGCGAGACCAGCACUGGCGAGGCCAACAACGGAAACGCAAUGAAUGAAAAAGCCGCCAAUGGCAAGAAGGCCGGCAAGCGUGACGCUGCCGACGAUCCCGAGGCGCCUCCCGCGAAGCGCGGUCGCGGCCGCGCCAAGAACAAUGUCCAGCCUCCUGUUGAGGAGACCAAGCCUGAGGACGAGGUGUGA